AUGUUGAAAGCAAGACACGUGGACUCCUUCAAGAGUGAUGGGAUUUCAGCUUUGCUCCCCAUUGCGCAAGCUCAGAAAUUGGUUAUCGCCAAGAAAGAUGGAAGUGUCGAGGUUUAUUCAAAUGAGAAUUCAAGAUUUAAACUGUUUCAAGUAUAUCCAAAUCUAUUGAAAACUUCACAGCCUAAUGAUUAUAAUAUUCAAGAACUGUAUUAUUCAGAUGACCUGUCAACCAUCUUCGCUCAAUGUAAGAAUACCCUGGUCCUUUUAAAUAGCACCAACUUGCAUCAUUAUGAUCAAAUAUAUGAUAAGAGAGGAAUAAGGCGAUGUUGGAUCUUUGAAUCUAAUACCACCCACUCUGGAUCACAAACAUUGUUAUUGUACACCAUUGGUGAUGAUUCAAAGAUACGUCUUUUAAUCUGGGAAGACAGACAUUAUAAAAAAAUGAUAGAAGUAUCCUUGCCAAAAUCAAGGGAAAAAAUCACAUCUGUCGAAUUAUACCAAUCAAAAAUUAUCUUGACAACAACUCAGGGCAUUUAUCAAUGGUCAUAUCUUACAAAUCCCAUGAUAAUAAGAAUAGAUAAGAUCGUCAAGAGAAAGAAUCCCAAAGAUUUGAUAUCUGCACUUGAUGAAUUAAAGGCAAAAACUAUCAAAUACGAAAAUGUCUUGGAUCAGUUGACAUAUAGUAAUCGAAGUAAUGAUAAUGAUGGUAACACUUCCAUUUAUUCAACAGGGGUCAUCUCCAAGAAGUCAAGCAUGUCUUCAUUUUGGAAGCGAAGAGUUUCAACUCGUGAUGAAUCCCUAGAUUCAGUUCGAUACUUAUUUUCAACCACCAAUGUAAAUGAUUCCUUAAUGCUUAUUGAUGGUAAGACUAAAAAUUUAUUUCAAGUUAAAUUAAAUGAAGGUUCGAAACCAUCACAUUUGGUACUGGCAACAGAUCAACAUUUCUUUAAUUGGAAUAUGCAAUUCUCAAACUUACGCUAUUUUUCUAAUAACAUCAUUCUGGCGUAUAAUUCUCAAACAUUAAGAUUUAUAGAUUUUAAUUAUGGUUUCACCUUUUUGGAAACUGAUAUUAAAGAAGGCAUCGUAUGUGUUGAAAGAGUGUCCUCAACUCAUUUCAUCGUUUGGACAAGGGAUGACCAAAUUCAAAUAUACCAUUUCCAAGUUGAUGAUGCUAAUGAUACUAUUGGUAUUUCUCAGGACUCGAGUUCAAUAUGUGAUACCGAAAAUAAUGAUUUCCACGAUUUAUGGAGAAAAGUUUUAUUCUAUGAAUUUUUCUUGGACUCACCCGAUGCUAUUGGAUUAUGUUCAUCAGAUAAUCCAGAAGAAUCAUUAGAUAUUUGUGCCAUGAAAUUACGAGACUUAAAGGUCAUGUGGUGUUUAGCCGUCUUUGAUAGAUUUCAAAAGUAUAUGACUAUACUGUUUCAUUUUGAAAAGGGAUUUCCUGAUCCCCGUGACGAAUUUUUACAAAAUUAUAUCAUAAAGGUAAUAUUUGAUAUAUUUACAGAGUUUUGGGCACCUCCGCAACUAGUCAUAUUGAAGACCUUCCCAAUCAAAAUUGCCAAAUUAGUAAAUGAUAUAACAGGCCAAAAGCAUACAUGUUUCUUAGAAAAAAAUCCAUCAACUGAAUACUCCAUACCGGCGGACAUGGUAAGAAAGUGGUGUUUACCCUAUCUGAUCGAUAUACGAAGACAUAUAAAAAACUUACAAAUCAAAAGUGAAAAUUCUGAAACUUUAUUAUGGAAAAGUCAUGGGAGAACCAUAAAGCAAAAUUUGGAGGCCUUUCUGGUAGAUGAUCACGGAAGUAUAGAUAUUGAUGGAAUGUUAACGUUGUUGGAUACAGUUCUCUUUAAUGUCUACCUUUUCUACUCUCCCUUGAUGGUUGGACCUUUCAUUCGUGUUGCUAAUAGUUGUGACUAUAACACGGUAUUUAAAGAACUUAAGAGCCGUAGGCUAUACCAAGAACUUUUGGAUUUUUCAUAUAUGCGUGGAGAGCAUGAAAAUUCUUUGAAGUUUUUGAGCACUCUUAUAAAUGACACCAGUGUAUCAGCAUCAGUCCCGGAUAUUAAAGAAAAUGUCAAACUUUUAAUGGUUGUUUACUUAAAGAAGCUUUCUAAUAAAGACUUGAAAAUAAUAUUUUCUUAUACUGACUGGUUGAUUAACCAAUACCCUGACUCAAAGGAAGGUAUCCUUCUUUCAAUUUUUUGCAACGAUUCUGAAAACUGUGUAAAAAGGAACCAUGUUAAAAUUUAUGAAUAUAUUAAAUCACAGGAUGAGGCAAUUUCUAUCCAAUAUUUGGAAUUUGUUAUUGGUGUAUUUGGAUGUGAUGAUACUGACCUGUACGCCAUUUUAAUAAAUGAAUACCUGGACAAUUUGAAAAUCUCAUCUAUGAAAUCCAAACUCAAGGCAAUUUUGGAAACUACAUUUUCUUACGAACCAUCCACUAUUUUAAGCCUAUUAGAUGACCAUAUUUCAUCCAUUGAAAAUAAUGUUGAGAAAAUGGAUGCUCAUAUGAGAAACCAGCUUAAUUUCAUUAAAUUCUUGAAAACGUAUCCAUUAGAAAGGCUUCAACAGCAUGAAGAUUCUAUUGAAAUUUUGUAUGGGGAUCUCUCUGAUUAUAAAUUAGCGUCGGAGUACUGUUCUCGUGUUUUUGCACGAGAUCCAGCUAUUGGAGCCAAUGUUUUAAUGGUCUUAUUAGGUAAGCUGGUAAAACAAUCUGGUACUGAAAAGGGUAAGUUUCAUUUAAUUCAAUUCUUACAAGAGAAUAGUACAAGAAUUGGCCUAAUUGAGGUUUUUAAGAUAUUACCUAAUUCAUUCUGCUUAAAGGAUUUAGGACCAUCAUUGUUACAAACUAUUAGAGACCUCUCGAUUAAAAAAGAUGAAGUUAGAAUAACCAAAAGUCUUUUGCAAGUCGAAGUGGUUGAUAAUAAUUAUAAAAUGUGGCAAAAGUUAUCAGAUUAUAUGACCUUAGAUGAAAAUUAUACCUGCAGUAUUUGUAAGAAAACCUUUUCAGCAUAUAUGACAGAUGAGAUUCUUUGGUUUAACAAUGGGGGAAGAUCGAUGUAUGUUCAUUCAAACUGUGGAAAAGCUCUGGAAUCCCGGAUUAAAAUGAAAAGGAGCAGUUCAGGACCUAGAAAUUGA